UCACUUCUCGGUCAAGGCGCGGAGAUGGGUUUUGCACCUCCGGAGCGACCGUGUGGACGUGGGUGCGCUCUGAACUCCGGCUCUGCGCCGCUGCUUGCGCAUCCCCGAGCGGGGCUCCUGCGAAGCGGAGCUGGGCACUACCUGGUGGGCCCGGGGUCGCGGGAGCCCAGGACGAGACCACCCGUCGGUCGGCGUCCUUCAGAGGCCUGGAUUGGAGAUCUACAAAGCAGCUGCCCUUCAGGGAAGCCCCACAUCAAGGCCAACACCCGCUGGAUCGCAUUCAGCACAGACUUGGCAGGUGUGUUGGGUGCUGUGCCCCUGGAGAGCCCAAAGGGGAUCAAGAGGGUUAUUUCUCAUCUGCACUGCCAUUCAGAUGUGGUGACCGACUUUGACUUCUCUCCCUUUGACCAGCAGCUGUUGGCCACCGGAUCGGCAGAUGAAGUCGUGAAGGUGUGGCGUCUCCUGGAGUCUGGCCAAGACCUCUCAUCUUCCCCCCAUGUGACGCUGGGGCCAGAGGGGAGCCGGGUGGAGGUGCUUCUCUUUCACCCCACGGCGGAUGGUGUCCUGGCCAGUGCGGCUGGGAAGGCAGUGAAGAUUUGGGAUGUAGAGCAGCAGCAGAUCCUUACUGAGCUGGAGCCUCACCUGAACUGGGUGCAGAGUUUGGCCUGGAAGCCGGACGGAUCCCUCCUGGCCACUUCUUGCCGGGACAAAAGGCUGCACAUCUUUGACCCACGGGCCAAGUCGGUGGCCUGCCAGACUGCCCUGGCACAUAACGGGGGCAGGGAGGCCCGGCUCCUGUGGGUGAAUGCGGAAGGCUGCUUCCUCUCCGUGGGCUCCAACCAGGUGAUGGAACGGGAAGUUUGCCUCUGGGACAGCCGCCGGUUGAGCAGCUCCCUGACCUCCGUCACACUGGAUGCCUCUCCCAGGCCUCUGAUCCCGCUCUUUGACCCCAGCACCGGCCUUCUUGUCCUGGCAGGGAAGGGAGAGAAGGGGCUUCUCUGCUAUGAGGUGCAGCCUGCGCAGCCGGCCAUGGCAGAAGUUCACCGGUGCUUUCUGGAGACCCGGACUCAAGGGGUGGCCCAGCUGCCCAGACUGGCCCUGGAUGUCACAGCCUGCGAAGUGAUGAAGGUUUUGCAGCUGAGUGACUCGGCCGUUGUGCCCAUCAGCUACCUGGUGCCCAGGAAGUCCACACAUGAGUUCCACAAAGACUUAUUUCCUGACUGUCCUGGAAACAUCCCGGCAGCAUCCGCUCAGGCCUGGUGGGCAGGGGACAACACGCAGGUGGAGAUGGUGAGUCUUGAUCCUGCCUACAGGCCCAGCCCGGGCUUCCUCUCUGCCUGCCUGCCUCACCUUGACCAAGACAGCCAGCACCCGCUCUCUGCCCACGUGGAGGCAGGGGAUCAGGCCAAGGAUCUGGACAACAGUGUGGGCAGCCUGUCGUCUCCUGGCAGUUCUCUGGCAUCUCCCUCCAGCGCUGCCCCCUCUCUCUCUGCCACCAGUGGCUUUUCCUCCAGCCCAAGCCAGCGGUCCCUGCAGAAUAUUCUGGGCCCGAGUUCUGCCUUCCGGCACAUCGAGGGCACCGUCUUGCCUCGCAGCACCCACAUCACCAACCUGCGAGGCUUGAGCCUCACCACACCAGGAGAGUGCGAUGGCUUUUGCGCCAACCGGCAUCGCAUCGCCAUCCCACUGCUUGCCGCAGGUGGACAGGUGGCCAUUUUGGAGCUCUCCCAGCCAGGGCGACUCCCUGACACCCCCAUGCCCACCAUCCAGAAUGGGGCACCCAUCUCGGAUCUGUGCUGGGAUCCCUUUGAUGAGCAACGCCUAGCCAUCGCUGGAGAAGACACCAAGAUUCGGCUGUGGCGGGUUGAGCCAACCGGGCUGCAGAAGCAGCUGCUGGAGCCAGAAGUGGUCUUGAGAGGCCACACAGAGAAGAUCUACUCCAUCAAGUUCCACCCUCUGGCCGCCGACAUCUUGGCCUCCUCCUCCUAUGACAAGAGUGUCCGGAUCUGGGAUGUGCGCACAGGGAGGCAGGAGCUGGGACUGCACGGCCACACGGACCAGAUCUUCAGUCUGGCCUGGAGCCCCGAUGGAUGCUGCCUGGCAACCGUCAGCAAGGAUGGCAAAGUGCGAGUUUACGAGCCUCGGCAGGCUGGGCAGCCCUUGCAGGAUGGUCCAGGGCCUAAGGGGGGUCGAGGUGCCCGUGUCACCUGGGUCUGUGGUGGCAAAUACCUGCUGGUCUCCGGCUUUGACAGCCGCAGCGAACGCCAGCUCUCCUUGCACCAGGCUGAGGCCCUGGCUGCUGGACCUCUAGCCACCCUCGGCCUGGACGUCUCUCCCUCCACCCUCAUCCCUUUCUAUGACGUAGACACCAGUGUGGCCUUCUUCACAGGCAAGGGUGACACGAGGGUCUUUGUCUAUGAGGUGGUCCCAGAGGCCCCUUUCUUCCUGGAGUGCAACAGCUUCCUCUCCUGCGACCCCCACAAGGGUUUUCACUUCCUGGCCAAGACGGCGUGUGAUGUGCGGGAAGUCGAGAUUGCCCGGGCACUGCGCCUCCGGCAGACCUCCAUUGAGCCGGUGGCCUUCCGAGUCCCCAGGGUCAAGAAAGAAUUCUUCCAGGACGACCUUUUCCCGGCCACGCAGGUGUGGUGGGAACCUGCCCUGCCAGCCACAGCCUGGCUGAAGGGCGCUAACAAGCAGCACCAAACCAUCAGCCUGCAACCCCAGGACAUGACCCCAGUGAGCCAAGUGCCCAAGGAAGCCCCCAGCCGGAAAUACCUGCCUUCCUCCACCUACCUGAAUGAGAAGUCCGAUGAGCAGAAGAAAGAGGAGCUGCUCAGUGCCAUGGUGGCCAAGCUGGGGAACCGAGAUGACCCCCUCCCGCAGGACUCCUUGGAGGGAGUGGAUGAAGAGGAGUGGGAGUAGCUGCAGGCGCUGGAAAGACUGAUGCUGCCUCUCUGCCUGCAGCCCCUGCAGAGCCCGGGAUGGAAGGAAGCGUCAGAGUCGGGCUGCAGGCUGCUCCCCACCGGCUGGCUGCUUCUGCUCAGGGGCUGCCCUCCUGCUGGGAUGGGGACUCAGACCACCUGUGUACUAUUGCCUGACUAGGGGGUCCUCGGGGUCUGUCCUUGGCAGGAGCCUUCCUGUUCCAUCUUGGCUUGUUGCUUUGAAGCUGGUGGGCCAGUUGCAAGCAUUCUCGGGGCUCGUUCACUGCCCACAUGUGCCCAUGAUUCCAGGCUGGCAUCCUGAAGCUGCAGAAGCUUUGUUCACCAGCUGCCUUCUCAGGAAGGAAGAAGCUCCUUUCUCCAGCUGAUUCCCUCUUGCUGGGUGUAACCCUAACAUGAAAACCUCCUUCCUCCUGUU